CCGUUCCUCCAGCAGCGGCCGGCGCAGAGGUGGAAGGCGGAGGAGGAGAUGCUGAGGCUGAAGGAUGCCAGAUGGGGACUGAGGAGGAGCUGCGAAUAACCCUCGGUGAAAGAUGGCAGAAGGGGGAGAGGGAGAGGAGGAGAUCCAGUUCCUGCGAACGGACGACCAGGUCGUGCUGCAGUGCACCGCCUCCGUCCUGAAGGAGCAGAUCAAGCUGUGUCUGUCCUGCGAGGGCUUCGGAAACCGUCUCUGCUUCCUGGAAACGACGUCCAACGCUCAGAAUGUGCCCCCGGAUUUGGCCAUAUGCACUUUCAUUCUGGAGCAGUCGCUCUCGGUCCGGGCUCUGCAGGAGAUGCUGGCCAACACGGUGGAGAUGACAGAGGCAGUCGAUUUGGACCAGUGGUCGUCCCAAGGUGGAGGUCAUCGUACUUUACUGUACGGUCACGCCAUCCUUCUGAGACAUCACCACUCAGGCAUGUACCUGAGCUGCUUGACGACAUCUCGGUCCCUCACCGACAAGCUGGCCUUCGACGUGGGCUUACAGGAAGACUCCACUGGAGAGGCGUGUUGGUGGACAAUUCACCCGGCCUCCAAGCAAAGGUCAGAAGGUGAGAAGGUCAGGGUCGGUGACGACCUCAUCCUCGUCAGCGUGUCGUCAGAGAGAUACCUGCAUCUGUCCUACGCCAGCGGAGACCUGAUGGUGGACGCGUCCUUCAUGCAGACUCUGUGGAACAUGAAUCCGAUCAGUUCAGGAUGUGAGCUAGCUGAAGGGUUUCUGACCGGAGGCCACGUUCUCAGGCUGUUUCAUGGCCACAUGGACGAGUGUCUCGCCAUCGCUACACCUGAGGAAGGCGAGGAAAAGCGCAGGAUGGCUCACUACGAAGGCGGGGCUGUGUGCAGCCAGGCUCGCUCCCUGUGGAGGCUGGAGCCCCUCAGAAUCAGCUGGAGCGGCAGCCACAUGAAGUGGGGGCAGUCUUUCCGUAUUCGCCACAUCACCACGGGCCGGUACCUGUGUCUGGACGAGGAGAAGGGCCUGCUGGUGGUGGACCCAGAGAAGGCCAACACCAAGCUCUCCGCCUUCUGCUUCCGAGUCUCAAAGGAGAAGGUGGAGGUGGCUCAGAAGCGCGACGUGGAGGGCAUGGGCAUUCCCGAGAUCAAGUACGGAGAGUCCAUGUGCUUCGUGCAGCAUGUGUCCACGGGCCUGUGGCUCACGUACGCCGCGCUGGACGCCAAAGCUGCUCGUUUGGGAAUGAUGAAGAGGAAGGUUAUUCUUCACCAAGAAGGUCACAUGGACGAUGCACUGACUGUAUCCCGCUCCCAAACUGAAGAGUCCCAGGCUGCUCGAAUGAUUUACAGCACCACAGGCCUCUUCAGGCAGUUCAUCAAGGGUUUGGAUUCCCUGAGCAUGAAGAGCAAGUCGCCGGUGGCGGUGUCUCUUCCUCUGGAGGGCGUCAUCCUCUCUCUCCAGGAUCUCAUCUUCUACUUUCGUCCCCCCGAGGAGGAGCUGGAGCACGAGGAGAAGCAGACCAAGCUCCGCUCCCUCCGCAACCGUCAGAACCUCUUCCAAGAGGAGGGAAUGAUCACCAUUGUUCUGGAGUGUAUCGACCGCCUGAAUGUGUACAACACUGCUGCCCACUUCUCUGAAUUUGCUGGAGAGGAAGCAGCAGAGUCCUGGAAGGAGAUCGUCAACCUGCUCUAUGAGUUGCUGGCUUCUCUAAUCAGAGGGAACCGUUCCAACUGUGCUUUAUUCUGCGACAACCUGGACUGGCUGGUCAGCAAGCUGGACCGUCUGGAGGCCUCCUCCGGUAUCCUGGAGGUGCUGUACUGUGUUCUGAUUGAAAGCCCCGAGGUUUUGAACAUCAUUCAGGAGAACCACAUUAAAUCCAUCAUCUCACUCCUGGAUAAACAUGGACGAAACCACAAGGUGCUGGACGUCCUGCGCUCUCUCUGUGUGUGUAACGGUGUCGCUGUGAGGUCCAACCAAAACCUCAUCACUGAAAACCUGCUGCCGGGUCGUGACCUCCUGCUGCAGACCAACAUCGUAAACUACGUCACCAGUGUGAGGCCCAACAUAUUCCUGGGAACGUGCGAGGGCUCCACGCAGUAUAAGAAGUGGUACUAUGAGAUGAUGGUGGAUUACGUGGAGCCCUUUGUGACGGCGCAGGCCAGCCACCUGCGGGUCGGGUGGGCCAUGACGGAGGGGUACAGCCCCUACCCCGGAGGAGGAGAGGGCUGGGGGGGCAACGGUGUGGGAGACGACCUCUACUCCUACGGCUUCGACGGCCUACACCUGUGGUCAGGCACCGUCGCCCGCCAGGUGGCUUCGCCCAGCGCGCACACGCUGGCCGCGGACGACGUGGUCAGCUGCUGUCUGGAUCUGAGCGUGCCCAGCAUCUCCUUCCGCAUCAAUGGCCACCCGGUCCAGGGCAUGUUUGAGAACUUCAACGUGGACGGCCUCUUCUUUCCGGUCAUCAGCUUCUCUGCAGGAGUCAAGGCUCGGUUCCUCCUCGGUGGUCGUCACGGCGACUUCAAGUUCAUGCCCCCCCCCGGGUACGCCCCUUGCUACGAGGCCCUGCUGCCCCGUGAGAGGAUGCGCAUCGAGCCCAUCAAGGAGUACAAGCACGACUUCAACGGCGUGCGAAACCUUCUGGGUCCGACCCUGUCCCUGACACACACCUCCUUCACCCCCUGCCCGGUGGACACCGUCCAGAUCGUGUUGCCGCCCCACUUGGAGCGCAUCAGAGAGAAGCUGGCCGAGAACAUUCACGAGCUGUGGGCCAUCACUCGCAUCGAGCAGGGCUGGACUUACGGGACUUUCAGGGACGACAACAAGAAGCUCCAUCCAUGUUUGGUAGACUUCCAAAGUCUGCCUGAGCCGGAGAGGAACUACAACCUGCAGAUGUCUGGAGAGACUCUGAAGACUCUGCUGGCGCUGGGUUGCCAUGUUGGUAUGGGUGAUGAGAAAGCAGAGGAGAAUCUCAAGAAAAUCAAGCUCCCCAAGACCUAUGUGAUGAGCAACGGAUACAAGCCUGCCCCCCUCGACCUCAGCCAUGUCAAACUGACUCCAAACCAAAACCAGCUGGUGGAGAAAUUGGCAGAAAAUGGACAUAAUGUCUGGGCAAGAGACCGGGUACGACAAGGAUGGACCUACAGCAUCGUGCAGGACAUCUUUAAUAAGCGAAACCCUCGUCUGGUACCUUACAACCUUCUGGACGAGAGAACCAAGAAAACCAACCGAGACAGCGUCAACAACGCCGUCCGCACUCUCAUCGGCUACGGCUACAACAUCGAGCCUCCAGACCAGGAGAGCUCUGGCCACGGCCUUGAGAACACCCGGGGGGACAAAGUGCGAAUCUUCAGGGCGGAGAAGUCGUACGCCGUCACUCAGGGGAAAUGGUACUUUGAGUUUGAGGCGGUGACCACCGGGGAGAUGAGGGUGGGCUGGGCUCGUCCUCACGUCCGCUCAGACACUGAGCUGGGAGCAGACGAGCUGGCCUACGUCUUCAAUGGCAACAAGGCUCAAAGAUGGCACAUCGGUAAUGAGCCGUUCGGCCGCCAGUGGCAGUCUGGGGACGUCGUCGGGUGCAUGAUCGACCUGACUGAGAUGAACAUCAUGUUCACACUCAACGGUGAAAUGCUGAUCAGCGACUCCGGAUCAGAAAUGGCCUUUAAGGACAUUGAGAUUGGUGAAGGUUUCAUCCCCGUCUGCGCUCUGGGCCUCUCUCAGGUCGGACGGAUCAACCUGGGCCAGAACGUCAGCAGCCUCCGCUAUUUUGCUAUCUGUGGUCUGCAGGAAGGAUUCGAACCUUUUGCCAUCAAUAUGAAGCGUGACAUUACCAUGUGGUUCAGUAAGAGCCUGCCCCAGUUUGUGCCUGUCCCCACCGAUCACAACCAUAUUGAGGUCUCCCGUGUGGAUGGGACAGUGGACAGCGCUCCCUGCCUCAAGCUCACUCACAAAACCUUCGGCUCGCAGAACGCCAACACCGACAUGAUGUUCCUCAGGCUCAGCAUGCCGGUCCAGUUCCACGAGACCUUCAAGAUCCCAGCAGGCACCACUCCUCUCACCCGGGCCCUCACCAUUCCCGAGGAGGAGGUCGUGGUGGUGGAGCCCGACUCCGAGUUCGAAGUCUUGAAAAAGUCCGCCAGUCGCAAGGAGCAAGAGGAGGAAAAGAAGGAGCCGUCCGUGCCGAAGGAGGUCACUGUGGAAAAUGAGAAGGACACAGCCUCCGAGAAGGGAAAGAAACGAGGAUUUUUCUCCAAAGCUAAGAAGGCAGCCAUGACUCCUCUUGCGCCUCCUCCCGCCCCCCCGUCGGUCCCCCGUCUGGAGGAGGACGUGGUGCCCGAUGACAGAGACGACCCUGAAAUCAUCCUCAGCACCACCACCUAUUACUACUCUGUGAGGAUCUUCGCCGGGCAGGAGCCCUCAGGCGUGUGGGUCGGGUGGGUCACUCCGGAUUACCAUCAGUUCGACCCCACCUUUGACCUCUCGAAGGUGCGCAGUGUCACGCUCACUGUGGGAGAUGACAAAGGAAACAUACAUGACAGUAUGAAGCACAGCAAUUGCUACAUGGUGUGGGGAGGAGACCUGGUCAGCAAUCAGCAGACGCGCUUCAGCCAGGAGGACAUGGUGGUCGGCUGCCUGGUCGACCUGGCAACGGGUCUCAUGACCUUCACCGCCAACGGGAAGGAGAUCAACACCUUCUACCAGGUGGAGCCAAACACCAAGCUGUUCCCCGCCGUCUUCAUCCAGCCGUCCAGUCAGAAUAUGGCACAGCUGGAGCUGGGAAAACUCAAGAACAUCAUGCCCAUCUCAGCGGCCAUGUUCCGCAGCGAACGCAAGAACCCGGUCCCCCAGUGCCCCCCCAGGCUGGACGUCCAGAUGCUGAGACCGGUCAUCUGGAGCCGCAUGCCCAAUCACUUCCUCAACCCGGAGGUGGGCCGGGUGAGCGAGCGGCUGGGCUGGAUGGUGGAGUGCACCGAACCCCUCAUCAUGAUGGCGCUGCACAUCCCCGAGGAGAACAGGUGCAUUGACAUCCUGGAGCUGUCAGAGCGGCAGGAUCUGAUGAAGUUCCACUAUCACACCCUCAUGCUCUACUGUGCCGUCUGCGCUCUCGGAAACAACCGCGUGGCUCACGCCCUGUGCAGCCACGUCGACGAGUCCCAGCUUUUCUACGCCAUCGAGAACACGUACCUCCCCGGGCCUCUGCGCAGCGGCUACUAUGACCUGCUCAUCAGCAUCCACCUGGAAUCAGCCAAACGGGCGCGUUUGGGCACCAACCGGGAGUUCAUCGUCCCCAUGACCGAGGAGACGCUCAGCAUUAACCUGUAUCCGGACGUGAAGAAGGCCCACUCCCUUCCCGGUGUCGGCCUCACCACAUGCUUACGGCCGAAGCUGCAUUUCUCAUCCAUCAACUUUGUCGGCACAGACCCCGAUCUGUACACGCUGAGCCCCAUCUUCCCUCUGCAGGAGCUGAAGACGAGAGCCAUCAGCAUGCUGACGGAGGCCGUCCUCGACGGCAGCCAGGCCAUGCGCGAUCCGGUGGGAGGCAGUGUGGAGUUCCACUUCGUCCCCAUCCUGAAGCUGAUCAGCACCCUGCUCAUCAUGGGCAUCUUCAACGACGAGGACUCCAAGCACAUCCUCAAAAUGAUCGACCCCAACGUGUUCAGCGGCAAGGAGGAGGAGGAGGAGGAGGAGGAGGGCGGGAAGGCCGAGGAGGGCGCAGCCGCCGAGGAAGAGGAGGAGGAGAAGGACGAGGACUUAGAGGAGGAGGAGGAAGAGGCCGAGCUGGAGGAUGAAGGGGUCGGCGAGGAGGUGGAGGAGGAGCCAAAAGAGGCGGAGAAAGAAGAGGCGGAGGCGGAGCAGGCUGAGCCGAAGGAGGAGGCCGAGGAGGGCGAGAAAGAGGAGGGCGAGGCCAAGGAGGGAAAGGUGGAUGGAGAGAAAGCCGAGGAGGAGAAGGAGGCAGAGGCAGUGGAAGCAGAAGCAAAAGAGGAAGAGGAGGGUCUGGAGGAAGGGCUCCUCCAGAUGAAGCUUCCAGAAUCUGUCAAACUGCAGAUGUGCACACUCCUGCAGUACUUCUGCGACUGCGAGCUGAGGCACCGGGUGGAGGCCAUCGUGGCGUACUCUGACGAGUUCGUCCACAACAUUCAGAAAAACCAGCGCGUCCGUUACAAUCUGCUAAUGAGGGCCUUCACCAUGUCGGCUGCCGAGACGGCAAGAAGGACACGAGAGUUUCGCUCACCGCCACAAGACCAGGUACUUUUGCUGACCAACUUCAAGCACGGUCCUGAGGUUGAGGAGUGUCCGGUGCCCGAGGAGGUGCGAGACACCCUGGAAAAGUUCCACAACGACCUCCUGCUUCACUGCGGAAUCCAUAUUGAGGAGGAGGCGGAGGAGGAGGAGGUGGACACCUCACUCAGGGGGAGACUCUUCAGCCUGGUUGACAAGAUUAAGAGUUUGAGGAUGAAGAAAGAGGAUGAGAAGCCUGAAGCUGAAGAGGAACCAAAACCAAGCACCCUGCAGGAGCUGAUCUCCCACACCAUGAUCCACUGGGCCCAGGAGUCCUUCAUUCAGAACCCGGAGCUGGUGCGUCUGAUGUUCAGCCUCCUCCACAGGCAGUACGACGGCCUCGGCGAGCUGACCCGGGCGCUGCCCAAAGCCUACUCAAUCAACGCCGUGUCGGUCCAGGACACCAUGGACCUCCUGGAGUGCCUGGGACAGAUCCGCUCGCUGCUCAUCGUCCAGAUGGGUCCCGAGGAGGAGCGGCUCAUGAUUCAGAGCAUCGGGAACAUCAUGAACAAUAAAGUGUUCUACCAGCACCCCAAUCUGAUGAGAGCUCUGGGGAUGCAUGAGACUGUCAUGGAGGUCAUGGUCAACGUGUUGGGUGGAGGUGGAGACUCCAAGGAAAUCCGCUUCCCUCAAAUGGUGACCAACUGCUGUCGUUUCCUGUGUUACUUCUGUCGCAUCAGCCGGCAGAACCAGCGCUCCAUGUUUGACCACCUGAGUUACCUGCUGCAGAACAGCGGCAUCGGUUUGGGCAUGCGCGGCUCCACACCUCUUGAUGUUGCUGCAGCCUCCUGCAUCGACAACAAUGAACUGGCUCUGGCUUUGCAGGAGCAGGACCUGGAAAUGGUGGUGACGUACCUGGCCGGCUGUGGACUCCAGAUGUGUCCGAUGCUCCUGUCGAAGGGCUACCCGGACAUCGGCUGGAACCCCUGCGGAGGAGAGCGUUACCUGGAUUUCCUCCGCUUUGCCGUUUUUGUGAACGGAGAGAGCGUGGAGGAGAACGCCAACGUUGUGGUCCGUCUGCUCAUCCGCCGCCCCGAGUGCUUCGGCCCGGCCCUGAGGGGAGAGGGCGGCAACGGUCUGCUGGCCGCCAUGGAAGAUGCCAUCAAGAUCUCCGAGGAUCCGGCCAGAGACGGACCCACUGUCAAGAAGGACAGGCGUUUCAUGUUUGGAGGUGAGGAGCAGCAAGAGGAGAACCGUGUGCACCUGGGAAACGCCAUCAUGUCCUUCUACUCGGCCCUCAUCGAUCUGCUGGGUCGCUGCGCUCCUGAGAUGCACCUGAUCCAAGCAGGGAAAGGUGAAGCUUUGAGAAUCAGGGCCAUCCUGAGGUCUCUGGUCCCCAUCGAGGACCUGGUGGGAGUCAUCAGUCUGCCUGUGCAGAUUCCCGCCUACGGAAAAGACGGGCAGAUUAUUGAGCCAAAAAUGUCUGCCAGCUUUGUGCCAGACCACAAGGCGUCCAUGGUGCUGUUCCUGGACAGAGUGUACGGCAUUGAGAACCAGGACUUCCUGCUUCAUGUGCUGGAGGUCGGCUUCCUCCCUGACAUGAGAGCUGCUGCUUCUCUUGAUACGGUGGCGUUCAGCACAACUGAGAUGGCCCUGGCGCUGAACCGCUACCUGUGUUCAGCUGUGCUGCCGCUGCUCACCAAGUGCGCGCCGCUGUUUGCGGGAACGGACCACCGGGCCAUCAUGAUCGACUCCAUGCUGCACACCAUUUACCGCCUGUCCCGAGGCCGAGCCCUCACCAAAGCCCAGAGGGACGUGAUCGAGGAGUGCCUGAUGUCGCUCUGCAAGUACCUGCGACCCUCGAUGCUGCAGCAUCUGCUCAGACGGCUGGUGUUCGAUGUGCCCAUCCUCAAUGAAUACGCAAAGAUGCCCCUCAAGCUUUUAACCAAUCACUAUGAGCGCUGCUGGAAGUACUACUGUUUGCCAAAUGGAUGGGCAAACUUCGGUGUGACCUCUGAGGAGGAGCUGCAUCUCUCCCGGAAACUCUUCUGGGGAAUCUUUGAAUCGUUGGCACACAAGAAAUUUGAUGCCGAGCUGUUUAAGAUCGCCAUGCCCUGCCUGUGCGCCAUCGCAGGAGCCAUCCCUCCGGACUAUGUGGACGCCAGCUACUCCUCUCACACUGAGAAAAAGGCCUCAGUGGAUGCUGAAGGAAACUUUGAUCCCAAACCAGUAGAGACCACCAACACCAUCAUCCCGGAGAGGCUGGAUGCUUUCAUCAACAAGUACGCAGAACACACUCACGACAAGUGGGCUUUUGAGAAGAUCCAGAACAACUGGACGUACGGAGAGACACUGGACGAGAACGCCAAGACCCACCCCAUGCUCCGGCCGUACAAGACCUUUUCUGAGAAGGAUAAGGAGAUCUACCGCUGGCCCAUCAAAGAAUCCAUCAAAGCCAUGCUGGCCUGGGAGUGGACUCUGGAGAAAGCCCGGGACGGAGAGGGAGACGUCGAGCAGAAGGCCACCACGCGCAAGAUCUCCCAGACUGCUCAGGCCACGUACGACCCGAGUCACGGCUACAGCCCUCAGCCGAUAGACAUCGCAGGAAUGGCGCUGUCCAGAGAGCUGCAGUCGAUGGCUGAGCAGCUGGCAGAGAACUACCACAACACCUGGGGCAGGAAGAAGAAGCUGGAGCUUCAGGCUAAAGGCGGCGGCACCCAUCCUUUACUUGUGCCGUACGACACCCUGACGGCGAAGGAGAAGGCCAGAGACCGAGAGAAAGCUCAGGACCUACUCAAGUUCCUCCAGCUCAACGGAUACGCAGUGACCAGGGGUCUAAAGGACAUGGAACAAGACAUUUCCUCCAUCGAGAAGCGCUUCGCUUAUGGCUUCCUGCAGAAGCUUCUCAAGUGGAUGGACAUCGCCCAGGAGUUCAUCGCUCAUCUCGAGGCCGUGGUCAGCAGCGGCAGAGUGGAGAAGUCGCCCCACGAACAGGAGAUCAAGUUCUUCGCCAAGAUCCUCUUGCCUCUGGUGAACCAGUACUUCAAGAACCACUGCCUGUACUUCCUCUCCACUCCUGCUAAAGUGCUGGGCAGCGGAGGCCAUUCCUCCAACAAGGAGAAGGAGAUGAUUGCGAGUAUCUUCUGUAAGUUGGCUGGUUUGGUGAGGCACAGAGUCUCUCUCUUUGGAACAGACGCAGGCGCUGUGGUGAACUGCCUGCACAUCCUGUCACGGUCUCUGGAUGCAAGGACCGUCAUGAAAUCAGGCCCGGAGAUUGUGAAGGCCACUCUGAGGCACUUCUUUGAGAGCGCAGCAGAUGACAUUGAGAAGAUGGUUGAAAAUCUCAAACUGGGGAAAGUGUCCAGUCGAAACCAGGUUAAAGGUGUGGCCCAGAACAUCAACUACACCACCACGGCCCUGCUGCCGGUGCUCACGUCGCUGUUCGAUCACAUCGCCCAGCACCAGUUUGGAGACGACGUCAUCUUGGACGACUUGCAGAUAUCCUGCUAUCGUCUAAUGUGCAGCAUCUACUCUUUGGGCACAGUGAAGACGCCACAUGCGGAGAAACAGCGGCCGGCUCUCGGCGAGUGUUUGGCUCACUUAGCAGCCGCGAUGCCGGUGGCCUUCCUCGAGCCGGAGCUCAAUGAAUUCAACACGUUUUCUGUCUACACAACGAAGACCCCCAGAGAGAGAUCCAUUUUGGGUCUUCCCAAUCAAGUGGAGGAGCUGUGCCCUGACAUCCCGGAGCUGGAGAUCCUGAUGAAAGAGAUUCACGACCUGGCCGACUCUGGCGCUCGCUACACAGAAAUGCCCAACGUGAUCGAGAUCACUCUGCCCAUGCUGUGCAACUACCUGCCGCGCUGGUGGGAGCGCGGCCCGGAGAACUUCCCCGAGCAGGAGGGCCAGCUCUGCACCUCCGUCACCUCCGAGCAGCUCAACCAGCUGCUGGGCAGCAUCAUGAAGAUCGUGGUCAACAAUCUGGGCAUCGACGAGGCGUCCUGGAUGAAGAGGUUGGCAGUGUUCGCUCAGCCCAUCGUCAGCAGGGCGAAGCCGGAGAUGCUCAAGUCCCACUUCAUCCCCACCAUGGAGAAGCUGAAGAAGCGGGCGGGGAAAGUGGUGGCGGAGGAGGAUCAGCUGCGGAUGGAGGGCAAAACGGAGGUGGACAGUGAGAACGGGACCAUCCGGGACGAGUUUGCGGUCCUGUGUCGAGACCUGUAUGCUCUCUACCCUCUGCUCAUCCGCUACGUGGAUAAUAACAGGGCGCGGUGGCUGACUUGUCCCGAUCCGGACGCAGAGGAACUUUUCCGGAUGGUGGGAGAGGUCUUCAUUUUCUGGUCCAAAUCUCACAACUUCAAGAGGGAGGAGCAGAACUUUGUGGUGAUGAACGAGAUCAACAACAUGUCGUUCCUGACCGCUGACAGUAAGAGCAAGAUGAGCAAGUCUGGAGGAUCAGAGCAAGAGCGAACCAAGAAGAAGCGGAGAGGAGAUCGCUACUCUGUGCAGACGUCUCUUAUCGUUGCGGCGCUGAAGAAAAUGCUUCCCAUUGGCCUCAAUAUGUGCUCCCCUGCAGACCAGGAGCUCAUCAAUCUUGCCAAGAUCAGAUACUCACUGAAAGACACAGAUGAGGAGGUCAGAGAAUUCCUGCACAACAAUCUACACCUGCAGGGCAAGGUGGAGGACCCGGCUAUGCGCUGGCAGAUGUCUCUUUAUAAGGAGAUGUCUGGAAAGGCCGAAGACGCUGAAGACCCUGAGAAGGUGGUGAAAAGGGUUCAGGAGGUUUCUGCUGUCCUUUACCACAUCGAGGUGACUGAACAUCCAUUCAAGUCCAAGAAAAUGGUGUGGCACAAGCUGCUGUCCAAGCAGCGCCGCAGGGCAGUGGUGGCCUGUUUCAGGAUGACGCCUCUUUACAACAUCCCCACACACAGAGCAACCAACAUGUUCCUGGAUGCCUACAAGCGCAACUGGCUGGAGACCGAGGGUUAUUCAUUUGAAGACAAGAUGAUCGACGACUUAUCAAAAGCCAUGGAGGAAGAGGAGGAAGAGGAAGAGGAGACGGAGUCGAAGCCUGACCCCCUUCAUCAGCUGAUCCUUCAUUUCAGCCGGACAGCUCUGACAGAAAAGCUUAAAUUAGACCUUGACCAUCUUUAUAUGUCAUAUGCUGAUAUUAUGGCAAAGAGCUGUCACAUUGGUGAGGAGGACGAAGGGGGAGAACAGGAGGGGGAGGAGCCAUCCUUUGAGGUGCGACAGACAGAGAUGGAAAAGGAGAUGGAGAAACAGAGGCUUCUGUACCAGCAGUCCCGUCUGCACAACCGCGGGGCUGCAGAGAUGGUGCUGCAGAUGAUCAGCGCCUGUAAAGGUGAACCUGGAGCCAUGGUUUCUUCCACACUCAAACUGGGAAUCUCCAUCCUCAAUGGAGGCAACAGUGACGUGCAGCAGCGAAUGCUGGACUACCUGAAGGAUAAGAAGGAUGUGGGAUUCUUCCUGAGCGUUCAGGCUCUGAUGCAGACCUGCAGCGUUUUGGAUUUGAACGCGUUUGAGAGACAGAACAAGGCGGAGGGUCUCGGGAUGGUUUCAGAGGAAGGCACGAAUAUGAAGCUAGAACGUGAUGAGAAAGUGAUGGCGGACGAUGAAUUCACGUGUGACCUCUUCCGCUUCCUCCAGCUUCUGUGUGAAGGCCACAACAAUGAUUUCCAGAACUACCUGAGAACUCAGACGGGCAGCACCACGACCAUCAACAUCAUCAUCUGCACGGUGGACUACCUGCUGCGACUCCAGGAGUCCAUCAGUGACUUUUAUUGGUACUAUUCAGGAAAAGACAUCAUUGAUGAGCCCGGGAAGAGGAAUUUCUCCAAAGCCAUGACGGUGGCCAAGCAGGUUUUCAACAGCUUGACUGAGUACAUCCAGGGUCCCUGCACCGGGAACCAGCAGUCUCUGGCUCACAGCAGGCUGUGGGACGCCGUGGUGGGCUUCCUGCACGUCUUCGCUCACAUGAUGAUGAAGCUAGCUCAGGACUCCAGUCAAAUCGGACUGUUGAAGGAGCUGCUGGAUCUGCAGAAGGACAUGGUGGUGAUGCUCCUGUCCCUGCUUGAAGGAAACGUGGUGAACGGCACCAUCGCCAGGCAGAUGGUGGACAUGUUGGUGGAGUCUUCCAGCAACGUGGAGAUGAUCCUCAAGUUCUUCGACAUGUUCCUGAAGCUGAAAGACAUCGUGGCGUCGGACGCCUUCCGGGACUACGUGACCGACCCGCGCGGCCUGAUCUCCAAGAAGGACUUCUCCAAAGCCAUGGACAGCCAGAAGCAGUACUCCCCCUCCGAGAUCCAGUUCCUCCUGUCCUGCUCCGAGGCCGACGAGAACGAGAUGAUCAACUUCGAGGAGUUUGCCGACCGCUUCCAGGAGCCGGAAGACAUCGGCUUCAACAUCGCGGUUCUGCUGACCAACCUGUCGGAGCACGUGCCCCACGACACCCGGCUGCAGAACUUCCUGGAGCAGGCCGAGAGCGUCCUCAACUACUUCCGGCCUUUCCUCGGCCGCAUCGAGAUCAUGGGCGCCAGCAGGAGGAUCGAGCGCAUCUACUUCGAGAUCAGCGAGGCCAACCGCAACCAGUGGGAGAUGCCCCAGGUCCGCGAGUCCAAGCGGCAGUUCAUCUUCGACGUGGUCAACGAGGGCGGCGAGAGCGAGAAGAUGGAGAUGUUCGUGAACUUCUGCGAGGACACCAUCUUUGAGAUGAACAUCGCCGCCUCCAUCUCCGAGCCCGAGGGGGACGGCGCCGAGGAGGAGGACGACGAGGAGGAGGAGGAGGGCGGAGGAGACGAGAGAGACGCCGGAGAGGGGGAGGAAGGCAACGGCGAGGAGGCGGCUCCCGAGUCGACGUCCGCCUUCGCGGAGUUCCUAAAGAGCGUGGUCGACUUCUUCAACAUGUUCACCUUCCGAAACCUGAGACGCCGGUACCGUAAAUUCAGAAAGAUGACGGUGAAGGAGAUGGUGAUCGGGCUGUUCACCUUCGUCUACACCAUUCUGAUGGGCAUCCUCAUGUUCGUCUACGGCAUCUGCAAGGGCUUCUUCACGCUCAUCUGGAAGGUGCUGUUCGGCGGAGGCCUGGUGGAAGGUGCCAAGAAGAUGACGGUCACCGAGAUCCUGGCCAGCAUGCCUGAUCCCACGCAGGACGAGGUCCACGGCGACCUGCCGCCCGAGCCGGGAGUCCGGGAGAUCCAGGACGCGGAUGGGGUGACGGACCACUUAGACCCCGUCGGAGGGGAGGAGGAGGAGGAGGACGGAGAGGAGAGGGAGGGCGGACGGCUGCCGGGCUUCAAUACGCCCGGUGGACUUGGCGAUUUUGGAGAGACGACGCCGGAGGAGCCUCCGACCCCCGAGGGCACGCCGCUGCUCAAGAGAAAACUGCAGUUGGCCGCUGCAGCUGGAGGACAAGGAGAGGAGGAAAAGGUCGAAACUGAGGAGGAAGUUCCUCAAGAGACCGAGAAGGCAGACACAGAGAACGGCGAGAAGGCGGCGAAGGAGGAGAAGGCGGAGCCUGAACCGGAGGUUAAAGAGGAAGAGGAGCCGGAGAAAGAGUCGCCGGCAGUGAAGACCAAAGUGAAGAAGGACAAGCAGCCGGCGGAGGAGGGCUUCGAGCUGUGGAACGAGCUGGAAAUCCAGAGGAUUAAGUUCAUGAACUACCUUUCUCGCAACUUCUACAACCUUCGCUUCCUGGCUCUGUUCAUCGCCUUCGCUCUCAACUUCAUUCUGCUCUUCUACAAGGUGUCUGACACUCCUCCGGGCGAGGAGGAGUUUGAAGGCUCCGGCCUGUUCGAGGGAUCCGGCUUGUUCGAAGGCUCCGGCGCCGAGGAGGACGGUUCCGGCCUGGACGAGGGGGGAGAGGACGACGACGAAGAAGGCCCCAUGUACUACUUCCUGGAGGAGAGCACGGGCUACAUGGAGCCCGCCAUGGCGUUCUUCGGCAUCGUGCACACCAUCAUCUCCUUCCUCUGCAUCAUCGGAUACAACUGCCUCAAGGUUCCCCUGGUCAUCUUCAAAAGGGAGAAGGAGCUCGCCAGGAAGCUGGAGUUUGACGGCGUUUACGUCACCGAGCAGCCCGAGGACGACGACAUUAAGGGCCAGUGGGACAGACUGGUCCUCAACACUCCGACGUUCCCCAACAACUACUGGGACAAGUUCGUGAAAAGAAAGGUUCUGGAUAAAUAUGGAGACAUCUACGGCAGGGAGAGGAUUGCAGAGCUGCUGGGGAUGGACCUGGCGUCUCUGGACGUCAGCACCAUGACACACGAGAAGAAGCCUGAACCCGACACCUCCAUGUUCAGCUGGAUAACUUCUAUCGACGUCAAAUACCAGAUCUGGAAGUUCGGUGUUGUCUUCACUGACAAUACUUUCCUCUACCUGGUGUGGUACAUGGUGAUGUCUCUGCUCGGACACUACAACAACUUCUUCUUCGCUUGUCAUCUUCUGGACAUCGCCAUGGGCGUGAAAACCCUGCGCACCAUCCUGUCCUCCGUCACCCACAACGGCAAACAGCUGGUCAUGACGGUGGGCUUGCUGGCCGUGGUGGUGUAUCUCUACACCGUGGUCGCCUUCAACUUCUUCCGCAAGUUCUACAACAUGAGCGAAGACGAGGACGAACCGGACAUGAAGUGCGACGACAUGAUGACUUGUUACCUCUUCCACAUGUACGUGGGCGUGCGCGCUGGCGGUGGCAUCGGUGAUGAAAUCGAGGACCCGGCCGGGGACGAAUACGAGCUCUACCGAGUCGUCUUCGACAUCACCUUCUUCUUCUUCGUCAUCGUCAUCCUGCUGGCCAUCAUCCAGGGUUUGAUCAUUGACGCCUUUGGAGAGCUGAGAGACCAGCAGGAGCAGGUCCGAGAGGACAUGGAGACUAAAUGCUUCAUCUGUGGAAUAGGAAGCGACUACUUCGACACGACGCCGCACGGCUUCGAGACGCACACCUUAGAAGAGCACAACUUAGCCAACUACAUGUUCUUCUUGAUGUACCUCAUCAACAAAGAUGAAACAGAACACACUGGACAGGAGUCCUAUGUGUGGAAGAUGUACCAGGAGCGCUGCUGGGACUUCUUCCCUGCUGGGGACUGCUUCAGGAAGCAGUAUGAGGACCAGCUGGGAUAAACGUCCUGCCUUCAGCUCGGCGGGGGAAGAGAGACGGGAGGAGGGGAGACCGGAGAGGGGGAUGAUUUCUACAUGUCUGUGUUUUAUUUUUUUGUCUUUAGUCUGCACAUUUCUCUCCUCUGUUGACGCUAUGCACACUCUGGCUGCACUAUCGUGACACCUGCAGUUCGAUACUGAUGGAAUUGAAUGAACAGCGAAACCACAGGGGGUUAGAAAAGACACAGGAAGCCAGGGGCCUUUUUAUUCCAGUAUGAAUACUCUACAUGGCCUUUUUUGUGUAAAACUUUGCGUGAAUUGCCUUGUCUAUCACCUGUGUACUGACACAAUGUGCUCUUUCAGUCUGCUGCUGUAAACAUCAUAGUGCCUCUAUAGCAAUGCCACUGCUUUUCAGCCAUCACUCACUUCAGAUCUGUAGCUGUUACCGUUUGUGAGAUUGGGAUUUUUUUGUGUUUUAUUUUUUUUAUUUCUCGAGCGAUCGUUGAGAGAGCUUGGGGAAAGAAGAUGGCUCCGUAACUUGCAGUCGUAUCUCUGAGGUCGGUUUGAACAUUGCUGGUCCCCUCUCUCGUUUUCUCGUUUUCUCUCAAGACAUAAGAAGCUUGUCUUCACGUGAUUAAUAGUUGAAAUGAAUGGACUGACUUGACGAGAUUAUAUCAACUGAAUCAGCUCUCACCUCAAAUCCUGACGGCGCUCUGAAGUCUUACGACGGACGGCGGUCCCUGAUCUCCGCUGGGCGAUGGUGUUCGCGGUGGAGGAGGACCUUGGUGUUAUUUAUUCUGAAGACUCAAUCCUCUGAAGACGACCGUUUUAGCCCGUCCACUGUUCGUGCACGCGCCAGUCAGUGCACUGAAACAAGUGAUGAAUGUAUGAGAAGUGUACAUCCUGGCCGGAGGGUCGCCUGCGUAACGCCGCGGCCGCCGAUUGGCCUUUUGAUGAGCAGACGUAUUUUACAUAAGUCAUAGAUACAUAUAUUUAUUUUUCUUUAGGGCUUCGAGGCGUUUGAAUGAUCCUGCUUUGACAGACAUGAGCCAGUUUGUGACACUGAUGAAGAAAAUCAGUCUUAACCCUGAAGUUAAAGCCCAGUUUGCAGUCAGAAGACAAAAACUCGCUUUUAUUUUAUUUAUUUUUUUUUUGCCAGUUUUAAGUUUUUACAAUAGAUAUUUUUAGGAACUCUGCAUACGAGUUAUUUUUCUCGAUCCAGGAAGUUGUGUGCGAUGCAUUGAUCUCAGACUCGGUUCUGUGUCAUUACGCCUCUCUCAGAGCAGAGCUGUGUUCAGAGUUAGGAGUGUGUCCUGUGACGGCUCUGGAGUGUGUGGGUGGGACGGAGCUGAUGGCGGAGAUCACUGCUUUCCACCUGACUGAGUGUCCUCUGACUGAAGCCUGCGUUUCAAUACAGAUUAAACAGAUUAUUUUAAGGAGAA